AUGUCUUCAUCCACACAAGCCUCCUUCUUCUGGGUGAAAUAUGGCUUUGACAACAUCACACCGCCGAAGAUGUACAAUGCCAACGUGUACUGCGCGAUCCUACGCAGUUUUGUAAAGAAUUCUUGUGCUAGGGACGUGGAGGACCUCUGCAAGCAGAAGAACAUCCAGCUAGGCAUCGAGCUCGACGCGCUCAACAAAGCUCUUCAGGCUGCCGAAGCUCGCAGUGGCGCAGCUCCGUUGGGAACGGGCAGGUCAGCAGCCUCAGCAAAAUCCGCUACAGGGUCACGUCCGCCAAGCGGAGCCUCUCGUCCAGUUACGCCCACAAUGCACGCUGGGUCCGGAGGGUCUACAGCGACAGCAGAAGACGAAAUGGCUGAGAUACUUGCUAAGAAGACCGCCCUGGAAGCUCAGCUUGAGGUGGUUGCUGACGCUUCCAAGCUAGCGAAAGAGCUGGUUGCAGGGACAGUUAUCGUCGACUUGGCAGAUGACCAUGGCACACGACUCAAACUGGACGAGACUGGGGAAACUCGAGCCAAUACCAUAUUAAAAGCUCGAGCGCACUACACGGCCGUGGCUGUCACUGUAGACGACAAGGGAUCACCUCACGCCGUGCCUCUGGUCUUCAAGCUGACAAAGCCCUCAACGAGCACCUCUUCCUCUCGUCCGAAUAGUGGGGCAGCGAAAUCUACAGGCUCCACCAUACCAACGUGA